AUGAAGGUGGCGGUCAGGCAUCUGGCCGACUCUGGGAGGCUGCAUCGGCGAGGGAGAGAGGCGGGAGUGAGUCCCAGGGGAAUCUCACUUCGACGUGACUCCUUCUUCGUUGGCUACCAGAGGCGGCGGGCGAAGGAGAAGCGGCCUAGAGAAGGAGAGGCGGCGGGCGAAGGGGAGGCGACGUUCUGCUUCAGCUCUUCUGCGUCUGCGUGCAAAGAGGAAGGGGAAGGAGCAAACUGGCGAAGUAGGAAGGAGGCGCGACUUUUGGCGGGCUGA